AUGUUGUACUCUGUUCAUAAAAACUAUAAACUAAAUAAUAUUUCAGCAUCGAAACGGCAAAUUCAGAUUGGACAAUAUUUUUUUCCAAAAACAGCGUCAUUUCCUGAUUACGGCUGGAAUUCAGAACUUCAUAAUAGUGCUGAACCACUCUACGAUGAAAUAAUUCAGCUACCACAAGAAAAAAAAGUCGAAACAAAAAAUAUACCAGAGUGGAUUCCAGUCCCAGUAAGAGUCUUUUAUAAAAAUCGAUUCUCAUCUGAGACUGAAGUCGGCCAUAUUAAAAGAUAUCCUUGUGGUUCAAACGUUAUCAACAUUACUAUCCAGCCUCAAGAUUUGAUUCAUAAUGACCAUUUAAAUAAAAAUAUUAGUAAUGAUAUGCAAAUACCGUUGAUCAAUCAAGAGCCAACAACAACAAGCCAAAAAUUGAUAACAGGUUCAGAUACAGAGAUUCGUUCCCAGCAUACUAACACAUCUAAAUUGAUGAAUUCCGUAGCACUAUCGAGUAAUCAAAAUGAAACCAAAAUGCUAGAAAAUGUUUCCAGUCAGAUCCAAAGUUAUGAAAAUAUAUAUAUUAACAAUCAUACAUUGACAGCUAAUUUGUAUAAAAUUUUAAUAAAAAUACAUAGAGAUCUUAUCUUAAUGAAAAUUAAAUUCGAUCGAAUCGGCGAUUUUAUCGAAAAGUUGAUCGAAAAUCAAAGGAUAAUUUCAUCAACAGCACAAGCUCAACAAUUCAGUUCAACCAAAUCUAUUAAAGAAUAUAAAAAUUAUUUAUUGACUAUUCAUCAAAAAUAUCAAUCAUCUGCAACUACAACCUUUCCUUUGCCCUUAUCAGAUAUUUCAUCACCAAUAAUUACUAAAGCAAUGCCACUUCAUAUGUCAAACUUACUCCAAAUUAAAUCACCACCUAAACGACAUUUCCAUCAUAAUACGACAAUUCCACAGGUAGGUAAAGAUAAGGAAAAUUAUUCAGUCAGUUAUGGAUAUGCAGGAGAUGCUAAUAAAACACAGCCACUCUCAGAUUCCAGCGAAUUAAUCAUAACUGUCAAAAAUUCAUCAAAUAUCGAAUAUAAUCAGCGCGAUUUAGUAGUUGUAACAAGCCAUUACACAGCUAUCAAUAAAACGAGUUACGAAGGCAAAAUCGCUUCAGCGAAGGUAGAACCAAUUGUGUUCAGUCAUCAGCCAUCUUUAAAGCAAACUUUUGCACGCCAAAAUCUGGAUAAUGAAGGAGCGCUGGCGAUGAUAAAUUCGGCAAUUACAAAAAUUGACGAAAAAAGUAGUCAAAAUCAUGCAAUAAAUGAAAAUGAGCUUGGACCAAUGAAUAUAAUUAAUGGGACAAGUAACAGAACGAGUCUUCCUAUGGAAUCGACAUUUUGGAUUGUAAGCCACAUGUCAACGAUUUACAUGAAUAAUGAAACUAGCAAUUAUAUUAAUAAUUCAAGAUCAACAAAUAGUUUUAUUAAAAUUUCCGAUAAUAGAAUAAUAGAAACAAUAACUCCAAGAAAAAUGACAGCGAAGGGAGAAAGAUAUCUGCGAACAACCGUCAUACCGCAAAUACCGUCAACUAAACGAAUUGCUUCAACUCAAUUUCAAUUCUUUGGAUAUACGGGGAAAAAUGGUAUUCUGGGAACAAAUUCUGUGCCGAAUAAGCAGAACAAGGAUCUUUUUAAAUUAUUUUCGAACGAUUUAUGGCCGAAUAUUUUAUUAUUUGAGUAA